AUUCUAAAGCUGAUGUACUAAAACAAAUACUUCCUAUUCAGGAGCAAACUGAUGAGAUUCCAAUUAUCAAAGAUAUAUUGCCAGAUCUAGAGGAAGACGAAUAUUUAGAUGAUCCAAUGGAGAUCGAUUUUGUUCAGAAAGAGGAACCAAAAACAAGUGUUAUAACUAUAGAGUGUAAAAUCAAGUGUUUAAAGAUCCCUGCUAUGACUCUUGAUUCUGAAGCAGAGCCCCCUAUUAUAACAGAAAAUAUUGUUGAGC